UCCCUAUGUUAGCACCCACAAUAGAAGUCUCGACAUUACAAUUGUCUACUCAUAAAUAACGACAUACUAAGCAAUGGAACGGUUAAGUAAACAAAAUAAUAAUUCAUGUAACAUUAACUCGAUAUAUUUCCUAAGAAGUAACUUAUAUUGGAUGGAGAUCUAAGAUCUUAAUAUAGAACUUAGACUUCUAACUUCAAAUUCAUUCUAACUUUGGCAUCGGAGUACUUUUUUUUGUUUUGCAGGUCAUCUCUUCUUCAAAUUACAUAUUUACUAUUGUUGUGUGAAAUUCAGGCCUUCUUCUCUCUCAAUGAGGCUUGUAGUUGUUGUAGCCAUGGAAAUCUCUGCAUAAGCGUGAGCUUAACUUCUUGAGCCAACAAUGGCGGUUUGCUUUCAAAAACGUUGCAUUGCAGAUGAUACAACCACCCUCUUCUCAACAUCGAACUCGCCGGAGGAAACCACGAGCCUUUCGUCCUCUUCUUCUCACCACCACUCCCCACCACUUGUCACCACUAAGAAACUCUCUGUCAGAAAUGUCUCAUUUUCUGUUCUUCCAAACAGAUCCAUACCCACUUCCUUCUCCGAGCUGAUUCGAAGACCAAAACCCAUUAAUGUUCUUAAGUCUGUCUCAUUCGUGGCAAGAAGUUCUCAAGUGCUCGCUAUUGUUGGUCCAAGUGGAACUGGCAAAUCUUCUCUGCUUAGGAUUCUAUCAGGAAGAGUGAAAGCGAAGGAAUUUGACCCUAAAGCAAUCUCCAUUAAUGGCCAGGGGAUGAAAAGUCCUGAGCAGCUGAGGAAGUUGUGUGGGUUUGUGACACAAGAAGACAAUCUACUUCCUCUUUUGACUGUAAGAGAAACCUUGAUGUUCAUGGCCAAGUUGAGACUCAGAGAAUUGGGUUCAGAAGAAAAAGAAGAAAGAGUAGAGAGAUUAAUGCAGGAGCUUGGUUUGUUUCAUGUGGCAGAUAGUUUUGUCGGAGAUGAAGAGAAAAGAGGAAUAUCUGGAGGAGAGAGGAAAAGGGUUUCAAUUGGAGUUGAGAUGAUUCAUGAUCCCUCAAUUCUUCUGUUAGAUGAGCCAACUUCCGGCUUAGACAGCACUUCUGCUCUUCAAGUUACUGAGCUUAUCUCUUCAAUGACUAGAAGUAAACAAAGAACUGUAAUUCUUUCAAUCCACCAACCAGGCUACAGAAUCCUCCAGUACAUUUCCAAAUUCUUGAUUCUCUCCCAUGGUUUAACAGUUCAUUUUGGAAGCCUCAAAUCACUGGAGAAGAGGAUUGGUGAAAUGGGAAUUCAAAUCCCAAUUCAACUAAACGCACUAGAAUUUGCUAUGGAAAUCAUAGAUAAACUGAAAGAAGAUUCAAACCCCCCAACUUCUCAGGUUGAAGAAGGAGAAGAAAACCAGCUCUUCUCCGCCCCAAUUUGGCCAGAAGAAGCCAUUGAAAUAGCUCAACAACAAAACAACAACAGCAAACAGAUAGGAAUCUUUUCCACAUCACAUUUCUUAGAGAUUAUAUACCUUUGCUCAAGAUUCUGGAAGUUAUUAUACAGAACAAAGCAACUAUUUCUAGGCAGAACAUUGCAAGCCAUUGUUGGGGGAGUAGGGUUAGGAAGUGUUUACCUGAGAGUGAAAAGAGACGAAGAAGGAGUUACAGAAAGAUUGGGCCUCUUUGCUUUCAGUCUCAGUUUCCUUCUCUCCUCCACAGUAGAAUCACUCCCCAUUUUCCUGCAAGAAAGAAGGGUUCUAAUGAAAGAAGCUUCAAGAGGAGUAUACAAAAUCUCCUCUUACCUAAUAGCCAACACCAUCAUUUACCUCCCAUUUUUGCUCGCCGUCGCGAUUCUCUUCGCCGCUCCAGUCUAUUGGAUCGUAGGGUUAAAUCCCUCAAUCCAGGCCUUCGCCUUCUUCACCUUCGUCGUUUGGCUCAUCGUGAUGAUGGCGAGCUCGUUAGUGCUUUUCCUCAGCGCCAUUUCGCCGGAUUUCAUCACCGGAAACUCCUUAAUCUGCACCGUCCUCGGCGGAUUCUUCCUCUUCUCCGGUUACUUCAUUCCAAAACAGAACAUUCCGAAAUUUUGGAUGUUCAUGUACUACAUUUCGCUGUAUCGGUACCCUUUGGAGGCGAUGCUGGUGAAUGAGUAUUGGAACGCGAAAUCAGAAUGUUUUUCAUGGAUGGAUCAAGGGCAACGGCGGGUUUGUGUUCUCACGGGCGGCGAUGUGCUGAAGAACAGAGAGCUUGAUGGGGAUCUCCGAUGGAUGAACAUUGGGAUUAUGAUUGGGUUUUUCGUGUUGUAUCGAUUGCUCUGUUGGAUCGUUCUUGCUCGUAGAGCUUCAACCACAACUAUAUGAACUUUUGGUUAAUUUUUCACAUCAAUUGAAAUAUAAUGUUGAAGUUCAUCAAGCAAA